UCAACGCCAGUUUACGAUUGAUAGCCGGAGUGAUAGGACGCACUGUGCGCUUUCAUAAUUUUCCAAUAACUAUACAACCAAAAGGAGUUAUAUUGUGAUCUCCGGGCGUGUGCAGUUAAUAUGUUUGGAUUAUACUGUUAUGAAAGUUAAAUUGUAUGGAAAAAUAUAAAAAUAUUAUAUAAUUGUAAAAGUUAUAGCACAAUAUGACUUGUAUUUUAUCAAUGCCAGCUUUGUACACGAACCCAUUUAACGAGGGCGACGAAGACAUACAAAAUAAAAGAUGUGAAAGUUUUGAUUUGCAUUGGAUAAAUGUUCAUCAUCCACAUUCCGGAUUAUCCGAUAAUCAAAGAUUUUCGGACUCGUGUCAAGUAGAAACUAGUAAGAGUUUGUCAAUUCCAUGUCGUAUGGAAAUUUCAAAUGGUCUUACUACAAGUGUUAAAUCCGAGCAUAGUGAAAAAGGAUACGAAAAAGACAAUAUAGAAACUGAUUCGGAAAAGCAUGUUCCUACAAACGGAAAACACAAUGCAAUAAGCCUGUCUUACACGUGCAAGGAAACAGAAGUUGGACUGGAUGACAUGAAUGUAAACCCUCACGGAGUCAAACGAAAAGCGAUAACUACGGAGUCCGGAGAAGUGUACAUGCCAUCAAAACGCGUCUCGCCAUUUUUAAACACACCAAAGCAAAGGAGAGACGAAAGAAAGAAAAUUCUUGAAAUCUCAAUAAAAAAGUUAAGGCAAUUAGAUGAUCCCGAAGCCUUUCUUAGAAGGACAGUACUUAUAAAUAAUGUAACGAAAUGUCUACAAAAGGAAUUACGACAAGAAAAAUAUGGAACUAAGCCAUUCAGUAGAUGUGGUGUAUUUAAUAACAAUUGUAUGUCAGACACUUAUUUGUUUGACGAUCCUUUCCUGAGUGGAGUUCAUGAAAAAAUCACAGACGAUAUGACAGACACACUAAUUAACAACGUGUUUUAUGAUAAAUUGAAUGGCAAGGUGAACGAAUCCGAUAUUGGUGAAAAGUCAGAUAUAGAAGUCAACGAAAUGGAAGUCGCUGAUGAACUACCGCGCAUUCAAUCAAGAACAUGUAGCUCCCUAAAGAUGUCUGAAGACAAUUCCAACCAAAGUUUUGUAGCCGACAGUAUCACUGUUACACAAUCUAGUCAAAAGUGUAGCCGUUUGACUUGUUUAGACAGUACUUCAGGUACGAAAGAAAUGUAUCCUGGCAGAUGUGAUGAUUCAAGUGUAGCAAAUAGUUGUUGUAUAAACAAAAGUGCAGAAAAGUACAAACCUAUCUUUAAUAAUAAAACAGGGAAUAUAGGUGAACGUGAUAGUAAAGCCAUAGAAAACAUAAGAUCACCUUCAAGUGAACUGGGAAAACAACAUAGUGAUCAAAAUACAGAAUGCGAUAAAGUACACGCAGCUGACAUUGUUAGGCUUAGGCAAUCAAUACAUAUUCUAGUAAAUUGUGCAGACACUGCUCAAAAGUAUUUAAGUACGGAUAGAUACAAUUCGCACUUAGCUUCAAAAGGUGCAAUAAAUGAGAAUAACUGUAACUUAGAUCAUUUAGAACUCGAUCAAAAUUUGGACCAGAAGUCUUUAUCGCAUUCCUUCAGCUCAUUCUUGUCUGCAUUUGAUAUCAGUGAUAGCAUUUAAUUUCCGGAGUAAACAGAAUCAUGAUCAAUGAAUACUAAGACUGAAUCAGUUGAUACUAGAGAUAGAGGCUGGGUGUUUCGGAGAAAGUGAGGCUGUCUCAUGAAAUCAUUACAAAAACUUGAUAAAUUUUGAAUCCAUUAGAAAGAUGAUUUAGUUAUCAACUAGUAUCAAGACAUUCUGUUUUGUUGUUUGUAAUUUGCGGCUUGAUCUAUGUAUGUUCUGUAUGAACGAAUCGAGGGUUCAUGCGAGAGAGGUCUAAGUGCGUAUAAAUAAAGACUCACGAAGUGCUCAAUGUCAUCUGAACAUUUUUUUUUGGUUGUAGAUUAAUCUGAUUUGUACAAAUGCUUUACUUACGUUACAUUUUAAUUUGGAAUAUUGAAAUAGUACGAAGUGUUAAUCCAUCAACCACUGAUUAACCAAGUCACGACCUGUCUAUAUUUUUUCCUGCAAACUGUGGUGCUGCAAUCUGAAGUUAUAUACUCUUACAUUCGCAAUCAGAGCGCAAUUUAUGUGGAAAAAAAACAUGUACCUAUUAUUUUAACUACACGUCUGGAUUACCUUGAUGAAACAUGUUGCUCUACAAUAUAAUUGUUACUUGUUCCUGUAAUCUACAUCAGAAUAACAUGUGUUGUAUACGCCGCGGCAAAUUGACUUACGUGAAAUGACAUUUAUGAAACUUUUAUGUUGUUUUUUAUGAACAGCCUACAGUUUCCAAAGCAUCUGUAUUUUUUUUUUUAUUUCAUGUGUUUUUAAUUUAUCAAAAACCCUGGUAUCAUUUUUAAUAGCACAAACAAAACUGGUAUUUAAUGUGAAGUACCUACUCAGAAUAGUGAUAUAUUAAUUAGGCUUUGACAUUAUACCUUUAUGGAACCAAUGCCUAUGGUGGCCACAUAAUACUUGCAUUGUAUUUCAACAAAGUCAAUUUUUUUAACUUACGACGUAGUAUAAAAACCCAUUAACAUUCUACAGCUAAAUGCUUUCCAAAUUAUUUUCACAUUAAAAAGGAAUUUGGCUCAUUGAAUGAUUAUCUAUAUCUUUAUUUCUUAAAAUUCACUUCAUAAAAAGAAAUUACAAGACUUGGUUUACGUGUAAAUUUUUCCAAACCAUUUUAUACAGUCAUUAUGAUUAUGACCUACUAAGAUAUGCGAACAUUUCUAUUUGUACUUUUUGGUCAUCUUAAUUCAAUUGUUCUGGAUCGCUCUGCUUUUCAUAAAAGUGUUUUUUACUAAUAGAGUUCCGCUUAAGUCGAUGCUAAGGGGCAUGAGAGGUGUUUUACAUUUCACUACCUCUUAUGAACAGACUCAAUAAAACCGAGUUUGCUAUUACUCUUCUUGGUUGCAUUCUAUGCAUCCAAAGGUUCUUUUUACAGAUUUUAUUUCCUGUCUGAUCCAAUAAAUCAGUAAAAGUUUUUUGUACGGCUUUAGGCUUUUUUUUUUUUUUGCCAGAUCUAAAUAUACUAGUAUGUACUCUUUAUGGGCGGUAUUCUGAAGUUUUAUGCAUUUCAGAACUGUCUGUUUGAUAUCCCAAACCGUCUUGAAAGUUCCUGGUCCAGUAAAAAGUAUGAUUUUUAUUCGAUAAUUUAAAUGUUUAUAGAAAAUUUUAAUUUUAUUCUUACUAAGAUAAUAUAAAAAUGCAAUUCUUAAAAGAAUAAGAUCAAAAUAGACAUUUCUAACCUUUUGCGUUCCCAUAAUGACUGUCAAAAAUUUACAAUCAAAUUUACCCUAAGUUAGAUCAAACUAUAAGUAUUAGACUAAGUCCAGUUGCUUUUGAAACUUUUUAUGUUCAUAUCUUUUCUUGUAGUGAUAUUUAUUUUACUUAUUUACCGAAUGUGACCUUUUUGUCCGCCGUGUCCAAUUCCUGUACUCAUUAUCUUCAUACAGUUGCUCAUGUAUUGACGUGAAAAAAAAAUCAAAAAGCAAGGAAGUCAAACACAUUUAUUUGUUUAGAUGUAUUUAGCAAAGUUUUAUAUCUUUAAAUAUAUCAAAAUUUUGUGAAAUUAAUUGUGAUAGCUUUACAAAGCUCCUAUUAUUAUGGAAAAUUAAAAUGACUGAAGAAAAAUUA